GAAGGGGCGGCAGCUCGGCUCUCAUUCGGCAGCGAUUGGAGUGAAGAAGCGUGAUGUCUGGAAGAGGUAAAGGAGGCAAAGGCCUGGGAAAAGGCGGAGCGAAGCGGCACCGCAAAGUGCUCCGUGAUAACAUCCAGGGCAUCACGAAACCAGCCAUCCGGCGCCUGGCUCGCCGUGGCGGGGUCAAGCGCAUCUCGGGCUUGAUCUAUGAGGAGACCCGCGGGGUGCUGAAGGUUUUCCUGGAGAAUGUGAUCAGGGAUGCGGUCACCUACACUGAGCACGCCAAGCGCAAGACGGUCACCGCCAUGGAUGUGGUGUACGCUCUGAAACGCCAGGGCCGCAAAUCGAUUACUAUAAAGCAUCUGAGUUGCGGACGAGUGGCAAUGGCCAGAACCAAGCAGACAGCGCGCAAAUCCACCGGAGGGAAAGCUCCCCGCAAGCAGCUGGCGACCAAAGCGGCCCGCAAGAGCGCUCCGGCCACGGGCGGAGUGAAGAAACCCCAUCGCUACAGGCCCGGCACGGUGGCUCUGCGGGAGAUCCGCCGCUACCAGAAAUCCACCGAGCUGCUGAUCCGCAAACUGCCCUUCCAGCGCCUGGUGCGAGAGAUCGCUCAGGACUUCAAGACCGACCUGCGCUUCCAGAGCUCGGCGGUGAUGGCCCUGCAGGAGGCCAGCGAGGCUUACCUGGUGGGACUGUUUGAGGACACCAACCUAGCGAUCUUGGUUGUGAUGUCUGGAAGAGGUAAAGGAGGCAAAGGCCUGGGAAAAGGCGGAGCGAAGCGGCAUCGCAAAGUGCUCCGUGAUAACAUCCAGGGCAUCACGAAACCAGCCAUCCGGCGCCUGGCUCGCCGUGGCGGGGUCAAGCGCAUCUCGGGCUUGAUCUACGAGGAGACCCGCGGGGUGCUGAAGGUUUUCCUGGAGAAUGUGAUCAGGGAUGCGGUCACCUACACUGAGCACGCCAAACGCAAGACGGUCACCGCCAUGGAUGUGGUGUACGCUCUGAAACGCCAGGGCCGCACUCUCUAUGGAUUCGGCGGCUGA